AUGUCCCGAGCCCGUUGCAGUCCCAUCUUGUUCUGCAUUCUCCAAUUACUAUUCUUGACCGCUAUCUUUGGUCUGCCUGGAAAAGAUCCUGGAAAACACCGAGAUAUCUCAAAACGAAAAGACUCGCUUGCGCAUGCUUCUCUUGGCUCUAACCUGAACCAUCUUCCACACUACUCGAAAGCCCUGACCCCGCGAUCUGGAGUUGAUAGUGGAGACUUGGGGUUACAACGGCAUCAUAAGUUUGGCGUUUAUCCAAACCCUCUUCCUCUACAUAAACGAACCGAACCAAACAAACGCCCAGUGGAUUCGGAUAGCGAUGGUGAAACGGAAAGACCUCCGUUGAAGCAACCCAAAAACCGAGAUGACCCUGGCUCUAGAUUGUACAAUGACGCGAUAGGGAAGGGACAGGUAUCUUCUCAGCUUUUCCAGUUUUAUCAACUGCAGGCGGAGUACGGGGUGGCUCUUGACCAAGAACCGCUCCCCGAAUAUAUCAAAAAAAUCGCCCUCAAAGAAAGGAAUCCUCAAGAGGCCUUCGAUUGCGUGGGACAGGAAGUUCUUACAGUGUUCAAAAGCCUCCAAAAUGUGAUCAAGGAUCCUUCAAAAAAGUGUCGACCAGCUGAUUACAUGUUCGCCGCCAGAAGUUCGGACAGAUCGGGUAGGGUCGAAAUAGACGUGUCUCUUCAUAAUCGGUACAUCGGCGUAAAUUUUGAAAAGUUCGGAACAAGAGUCUAUAACCUUUGGGAACAGAAUGCCCUCCGAAUCAACAAGUAUAUGCCAGUUAUCUGGUACCAAGCCUACAGUUUCUGGGCUUUGGCCACGAAAUUCGACGCAGUACAAGAGCCUUUGCGAUACAUAGCCUUCUACAAUAUUCGGAACCCGAACACUAUCAAAAUCGUGUUAGAAGCCCACCAGCGAGCGAAGUUGCCUGAUGGUCUAAACUAUCUCCAUGUUACAUCAUCUGCAAACCAAGAUACUCUGGAGGCUGAGAUAUGGACCGCAGUUAAAGGCACUGAUGAAAUGGUUGCUUGUGAAAAUUUUCUAUAUUCUCACGUAGCGGAGUUGAGCUUUGCAAGAGUAGAGGAAUUAUAUACGUAUGUAUCUUCCGCUCCUGAUGGGGGUGAAGUUGUGUCCAUUCUUGUAGGUGUGAAGGGCCGCUCAGAGUCACCUAAAAGCCCAAAGCCCACUCGUCCUGGAGAUGUGUCGGGGAUUAUCCUGGAAUUGGAAGGGAAUGGAGAACGUCCUAAUAUCUUGAGGCCAAUAUACAACCGGGCUGUCGAAAAGGGCAAGAAAACAAAAGAGGCCCUCGAAAGUGCAGAAAUAACGGCUCUCAGCUUGAUGCUUUCAGGUCAUGAUUUCCACCCGCUAGAACAUUCCUCUCCCUUUCCCCGAAACUACGAAAUAGAUUAUUCUUGGAGCGGCUUACAAACAUAUGCGUUUGAAGGUCUGUUGGUGAGCCUUGCGCUGCAAGACCGUUCACUAGCUACUUUCGAAUCAACAUUUGGCACAGGUGAAUCUCAGCGCGGACCAAUCGUACGGAACAAGCACAGCUAUCGAAAAGUAAAUCUGAACGAAAUAAUUCGAUCUCACAAGCCUCCUGCAACGUUGAGGCUUAUCACAAGCUCAUCUGCGGAAAAUCAGCACUUUUCGUUCCGUUGGCCAUGGGAAAAAAGUGUUUAUUCGGAGGGGGGGCUACACCAUCUUCUAUAUCAUUGUUGGCGAAUCGGUUCGAACGAUCACGACGAACCCAAUUCUUUCGGCUCAUCGGCAUAUGAAGAUAUGCGGCAUUAUUCGGCCAUACCAGCGGUACCGCUAAAGUAUAUAACGAUAUGGGGGGUCGAAGAACCAACCACUCUUAUCGUGCUAAGAUUGAUCUACAUUUCAUGGGGGAAGUCUGAGGAUAAAUUUUCUUUGACUCACUCUAAGUUAGAAGAUGAUUAUGAAAAAGAGCAUUGGAACGCGAUAAUAGGAACACCCGCUCUCUCGUCAAUAACUAAUAUGUGUGCAGCUUACAUGACCGGUCUGAGAUCAUGCAAUAUUGCUGCUAUUCACUUCUCGUUCCACCGGCCCCUGUCCAUAUCGGAAAAAGUCUUGACAUGGUCUUCAAAUAGCGUCUCGAUAGUCGUAGAGCUGAGCGUAAACAUCAAAGAAGAGUCCCUGCAUCUCGAUACUGGUAAAAAACCAUCACAGAUUAAUAGAGCGUGGGAUCGGGUGAAGUCGUUCGGUAUUUUCCUGGGGGGAGAGAACGGUGAAUCUAAUACAGCUACGUAUCCAAAUUGGCCAAAUAUUAAUGCGAUGGAUUUCUCUAAAGACUUCGAAGACGAUGGUUUAAAUGACUUCCCCAUGGCUCUCACCGAGAUCCAAGUUGAGCUUGAGCGCACCAAGCUUGACUUGUCUUAUUCAGUCAUCGGCUACCCAUCUUUUUCUAUUAUAGAAAACCCUUUCCUACCAACUCUCGGCCCACGAGUCCAUUACACACCUUCAGGUGGUCCUUCUUAUACCAGGAUGGAGACUACCCAAGCCCUUCAGAACGGAGCCGAAUUGUACAGAAUAGUGUACCAAACUGCUUUGUCCUCUCAAGAAGAACAUCUUCUCUUCGUUGAUUAUCAAGUGAAAAAAAAAACGAAUGAGAAGGGAAAAGGUAAAGCGAAGGCCACGGACGAUAAUAAGGCUGCGGGCGAUGACGAUUUCGCUCCAAGCACCCUCGAUCCAGACGCUGAAGAGUUUGUCAAGAUUAACUUUGGAACCGUUCUUUUCGCAACCUGGUUUUCACAGGAGGGUUGGUCUCAAAUUUCCCGCAUAACCUUCCAAACAGUACACCCAAAUACUAUACCCGCCUUGGAAGUUUUGCUUGAUGAGGCAAACCCGGUUGUUGUCUGGGAAAGAGAUACACCUGAAAGCUGGGAUCAGAAUUUGGAAUCUUUCUAUACAACGAUGGAGGGCGGUGUGGUGAAAUACUUCAUCGAGAAACAAAGGGAGUUUCUCAAAAAUCCGACGAUAGAGACUAUAAGCAUUGGUCUUCAUAUCGGUGACACGAACAAGCAUUUCAUCUAUGUUGAUUUUGGCGAGCAUGGUAGCGGCUUCGAUCCUGGCCUGCUGAAGUCUUUAGAGCUGGAGACUUCAGAGCUAACUUCAGAGCCGGACAGCUCAUAUCCGAGUCUAUAUAUCCAUCCUUGGCAGCCCAUAUUCGCAUCGCCACACGCAUCAGCACUCGAGAAGUCAUUCUUAAAGGGUAUCAUGGCAUAUAGCAACGAAAGAACAAGGUACCUCAGCGAGAGGAGUACUUGGCGUCUUCCUGACUAUGUCUACGAUGAUGAGAAGGAUCGCAACCAUCUCGAAAAGUACGAAUUUAAGAAGGACCCUAAGUAUUUUGAUAACGCCGGCAAAAAUGCUAUAACUAUUCACCUCCGGGAUGAAGGCUUGCUGAGGAGCAUAAGCAUCCCCUUUUACGGCCGGACUAGAUCUUUGAUGUCCGCGACCCCGACCACUUUUGGCCAUAAACGCUUUUCGGAGUAUAGUGCGUGGUCUGUGCGCGUGCGCCAACCGGCUCAAAAUAAUAUGCAAUUCGGUUUCGCCACGAGCGGUUGGUGCUCCAACUUAGUCCUUGUAGCUGUAGACCUUUCAGAGCAGGCGCAGGGAAGCCGCGCUAAUGCUGAUAUCUUAGCCGAUGCUAUGUAUGCAACAUGGAUUAAUGCCGAUCGUAUCGACCAGCACGUAAAACCCCCCAAGACAGGUAUUAUUGGAAUUGAGACCUUGACUGUGUUAAAAGUCUUACCCGAGUCAUGGUCGCUUCUUGAACAGAUUUAUGGUCAAUAUAUCGAUUUAUUUAGUAAUAAAACGCUCAUAAUUACAUAUCCGAAGUCAGGUGGGUAUCUUCGAACCUACAUGGGGCUCGUCCUCCCGGAGGCGCACAUUGAAAGGAGAAUGGAAAAACUAUGGGUAUCUUUAAUGGCACUAACGGAAUUAUCGGCUCUGGCUCGCAUGGCAACCAAAUUCCGAGGCCAAAUGGACCACAGUAAGUGGGGACCUCUGUUGCACCUUAACACCAUCGUGAUACGACGAACCGAAGGAGAUGAUGGCGUCGCAGAUUUUCAGAUGCUCAUCACUCUAGAUUUUACCAAGGGCACCUUAGCCAAGGAGAAUCCCGCUUCAAGAGCUCUGACUCGUGGAGACGGGUUGGUUACGUUCACAUAUCUCGGCGGAGUAGGGGGCAUACAAGAUGGAGAGCCUGACCCAGAUCUUUUUGAUACUCACCAAGUAUCAGAAGAAGUUGAGGCUUCGGAUGUAUUACCUGAGACUCUAAAAUGGCUUGAGGUUGUCAGGCUGCGACUAAAUGUACAUGUACAGACUGACGAGGGUAAUCCUGCCCGCUCUUAUGGGCUAAGCACGAUAGAUUUACCAGAGUUAGACGUGGCGAAAAAGUGGUCUAUGAUGCGUAUACGGACUAAAUCCGAGGAUAUGGCCUGCCAGAUUGUUUCUGGGUAUUAUUCACCACUUCGACCCCGGAGGGGGCGUACUGGCCGGGAUGGAUUUUUAGUCUUGAAAUAUCUGAACGGGUUUGACUCGGGAUACAGCGAUAGUACCUUUCACCAGCAGGUAAACACUUUGUCUGAUAUGAUCUUUAUAGCAUUUCGAGGGGGGCUUGAAAGGGAGGAACAUCUAGAGCUACGGGACAUCUUAUUCGAGGUUGUAUCAGAGAAUACGGCCCGAGCCUUUAAAACGGCAAUCCAAGAAUUUUCCAGUACACCCUACGUUAUUGUUGAAAAUGGUCUUUACUGCAUCGAUCUGCGGGCUUACCCCUCGACUGGAUCGUCACUCACUGGAGGCAUCAAAUCUUCUAUCACGAGCGAUAGGCAGCGUUAUUUUUUAUGGACAGUUCUGCUUUCUUCAUUUGAGGGUGUAACAGUUCUGAAAAUGCUUCACAAAUAUCAUUACAGAUUAGGAAGACAACGAAUUUUGGGCAUGAUCAUGUGUGAUGAUCCAAAAACCAACAGGAUGAGGAUGAAUAUAAGACUGGGAGAAGAUUACGAGGUAAUGACAAAAGCCAACCCACAAGUUCUUGAAGCAGCAAAAAAGGGAAAAGAAGAAAAGGAAAAGAAAAAAAAGGAAAAGGAAGAAAAGGAAAGAAAAAAAAAGGCAAAAAAAGAAAAAGGGGAAAAUAUUUCCGGGGCCCCGGUACAAGACAAGGAGGAAGAAUAA